GGGAAGAGAUGCUGGGUGGAGGAGCCUCUUCCGCUGCGUAACAGGCGCCCGGCGCCCGCCCGGUCGGGUCCCGGUCCCGGAGCGCCCCAGGGGCGGUAGGGCCGGCGGCGGCGCGGGGCUGGUCGGCUGGCGGGGCUGCUUCCCCCCGGCCGAGCUGCAGGGGGAGCAGCGGCAGGCAGGCAGGCUGCGCGACUCGGGUCGGGGAAGAUGGCGGCCGCGGCUCAGGCGCUGAGCUGCUCGGGGUUGCUGCUGGCCGCCGCCGCCCUGGCUCUGCUGGCCGUGGCCAUCGGCACCGACUGCUGGUACGAGACGGACGCGCGGCGGCACCGGGAGCGCUGCCGGGGCUUUGGCCACAAGCGCCACGCCAAGAACGACCCGCCGGGCUCCAUGUCCGCGCCCAGCCCGCACCUGCCACUGCGCGCCCGCCCGCCGCGAGCCCUCGUGCCCGGCCAGACCCCGCCGCCCGCCGCGCUCCCCGCCGCCGCCGCCCUCGCCCUGGAGUCGCACUGCGGCCGCCGCUUCAACUCCACCGUCUCCGGCCUCUGGCGGCGGUGCCACCGGGCGGGCUUCGAGACCGAGAGCGAGGAGCUCAUCCGGAAAGGCGUUAUUCAGCGCUGCACAGCUGUGAAAUAUCACUACACCUCCUCUUCUCUGCCACGCAACUUGCCUGUUAAUAUUACUAACACCAUCCGUCAGGAUGAAUGGCAUGCCCUUCACCUGCGGAGAAUGACAGCUGGCUUCAUUGGUAUGGCCGUCUCCAUCAUCCUCUUUGGGUGGAUCAUUGGCAUGCUGGGUUGUUGUAAACAGCAUGAACUCAUGCAGUAUGUAGCUGGACUGCUUUUCCUCAUGGGAGGUACAUGUUGCAUCAUCUCCCUUUGUACAUGUGUGGCUGGAAUAAACUUUGAGCUGUCUCGUUAUCCCCGCUAUGUCUACGGGCUACCAGAGGACAUCAGUCAUGGCUAUGGCUGGUCCAUGUUCUGUGCCUGGGGAGGCCUGGGACUAACACUUUUGGCAGGAUUCCUAUGCACACUAGCCCCCUCCCUUAAUACUCCUCGGACUGUUGUACAGAAACCCAGACAGGAGAAUGGUGCAGUGUGAUAACCACAGAAAGAACAGCACAAGAGACUCUAGCGAGCCCAGUCCAGCUCCAGCAGUAGGUGCCAUCAACGCAGCAUGGCCAUCCAUCAAAGAAUCACUGAGCAGGGCAGCCCCCUCUCUGGAACUAUCUAAAAGAUUCAGAUUGCUUUUGACAGAGACCUGUAGGAACAUCACUCUUGGAUUCUUCAGCCUGCCUGUCUUUUAAUACAGCCAAACUGGCCAGGGUUAUUUUGUGCUCCUGGCUUGCCUAAAGGAAAGUUUUCUGUUAAACUGGGUGUGAUGAUCUAUGUGCUAUUAUGUUGAAUCAGAUUUCUGCUAGAAGCAGAAGCCACUGUGAAUUCCCUUUGGGAUCUCGUGACUCUGGGGAUCUCCAUUUCUGACAGAACACUGAGUUCAAGUCAGAGGUGAAGGCCAAAGGGAAAUCCACCCAGCCUCAGUAUUGAUUCUCCUCUACAGCACCAACACAAUGCUGUUAUAGGUGUAGCACUGACUACUGCAUUAACUUUCAGCACCAGCUUCUUUUUAGAGGGCUUUUAGUCAUCCAGACAGGGAGGGUGUAAAGCCCUUCUUUUGGACUACUCACUAUCUGAAUCUGGUCAUUCUAGAAGCCAAGUACCUGCAACAGAAGUUGUUUGUAAAAUAACCUGUAGGACAAUGGAUGGACAAGCUAGAAAAAUGUGUAUAAAAGCUUUGGGUGCUGGAGGAAUUCUUUCACAAGAGGGUAGGCAGCUGCAGCUCAGCUCACAGACUUCUACGGAUAUGUGUACAACUGAAUCAAGGUUCUUGCUUGUGAAAUUCUUGCUCCAGGUAGCUGUGAAGUGGAGAAAACUCAAUCAGCCCAGCAAAUGAACCAGAGCUGCUAUCCAACAAAUAAUAAUCGUAGCAACUGCUAAAGCAGCAAAUGGACUUUUGCCAACCCUUCAGACUGAAUGUGGAAAGUGCAGAUUUGUUAAUGAUUAUUCUAAUUAUUUUGGAAGUUGAGUAUUCAAGAUGAGCACACAGACUGAAAAAUUCAACAGCCCCUCAGCAACAUCCUUUCACAACAUGUAGAAAAAGAAGCUCUCUCUAGUGAAGGAACUCAGCUUGCUGACAAGUAGAAGAACUGGGGCUAACUCAGGAACAUCAACAAUGGUGCUGGGGCAGGAGAAGAGCACUGGCCUGUCCUCAUUGUGCUGUGCUCCUUUUCUGUCUCCCCAAAAGACUGCACAGGAGCCUUUUUUAAAAAGAGAGCUGUUUACAUUGUAUUUUUAAGUGGCAUGUGAUUAAUUACUCAGUGCUAAAGUAAUUGUAUUUAUGGAAAGUGUGAUUUUUUUAAAUGGAAGCUGUAAGUCUCAACAGGCAUUCAAUUAAAAGGCUUGGAAGUUC